AUGUCCCGGAGGACGUUGGGUGGAGGUCGUGUCCUGGGCACCGCGAACGCUCUCUCCCCAUCCACAUCUGUCCCGUCUCCGCAACCCAAACCAAGGGUCCUGUCGCCCUCCGCCAGCAGCCUCUCUCUUAGCUCCCAGGCCUCGGCCUCGCAGUUCUCAUCCGAAACGCAAGAUCUCACCUCGCGGAUAUCUCUGGAGAAUGCCAGUUCUUCGAUCCCCGCGCCUCCGGCCGCUGCCGGUGCUCAGCUGGCCUGUCCGAUCUGCAGUGAGGAGAUGGUAUGCGACAUUCCCCUCAUCCUUCUUGCUUCAUGCGCUUGGAUCUAG